CAGGCACCUUUUCCUGCUCUCUCCGCUCCAGUUUCUGGACCCAGAGGACACUCAGCAUGAGGCUGCUCGCUCGCUCGCUGUGCCUGCUCCUGUGUCUAGCCCUCAGCUGUGCUACCCCAGUGCAACAGGAGAUCAUGAUGGCGGACCACCAUGAGGGCCACCAUGAUGCCCUGCCUGACCGCUGCGAAGGCAUCGAGUUUGACGCCAUUGCCCCUGACGAGAAAGGCACCAUCUACUUCUUCAAAGGUCACUACCUGUGGAGGGGCUUCCGAGGACCUGCUGAGCUCUCCAAUGGGACCUUCAAGGAAAUGGACGACGACCAUCACCUCGGGCAUGUGGACGCAGCCUUCCGCAUGCACAGUGGGGAUGACCCCGAAGACCAUAGCCAUGACCACACGUUCUUCUUCCUGAAUGAAAAGGUCCUCAGUUACUACAACCACACCCUGGAACCAGACUACUUGAAAGAUAUCUAGGAUGUGUUCCCCGGGAUUCCCGACCACCUGGAUGCUGCCGUCGAGUGCCCCAAAGGGGAGUGUAAAACAGACUCAGUCAUCUUCUUCAAGGGAGACAAAUUGUACUACUACGAUAUUAAAAACCAUACAGUGGAGGAGAAGCAGUGGCCUCACCUGCCGCACUGCACCGCCGCACUUCGUUGGCUGAACCGCUACUACUGUUUCCAUGGACACAACUUCACCAGGUUCCACCCAUUAACAGGACACGUGGAACCGCGAUACCCCAAGACUACCCAUUACUACUUCACCAAGUGCAAGGAGGGCCAUAGUAGCGACACUGUAAAUUGCACUGACCCUCACCUGGAUGGCGUCGCUUCGGAUGGCAAAGGAAAAAUUUAUGCCUUCAGAGGUGAAAUGUAUUCGCAUCUGGACUCCGAUCACCAUGGUUGGUACUCCUUCUCCAUCGAUGCCAACUGGAAGGAGGUGCACGGCGAUGUGGAUGCAGUCUUCUUCCAUGAUGGAAAGCUAUAUAUAAUCAAGGAUGAUUCAGUUUACAUUUACAAAAAGGAAGCACCGUACGCUCUUGUUGAGGGGUACCCCAAACCCCUGAAGGAGGAGUUGGGGAUUGAAGGCCACGUGGAUGCUGCUUUUGUCUGUCCAAAUGAGCACACUGUGCACGUCAUACAAGGGCAACAUAUGAAGGAUAUUGACCUGUCAGCCACCCCACGGAAUGUGACUAAGGACAUUCCCCAUCCAUUCCCUAGAAUUGAUGCAGCUGCAUGCUGUCCCCAUGGGGUUAGGGUGUAUGUGGGAACAGAGUACUUUGAGUAUAAGAGCCCCACGCUCAUGGCCAUGAGCAAAAUGCAACCAGAAGCCCACAAAGUACCUAUGGAAAUGCUAGGGUGCUGAAACUAAGGCAGCAAACCCAGGCGAGAAAGGGAAGAGGGAGCCUUAGAUAUGAGGGGCGAAUUUCAGGGAAUAUGGUUUCAAUGAAAAGCCUCUCAAAAAGCCAGGUUGUGAAUCAGAUGGUACUGCUUUUCAGAUCCCGAAUGUCCGACUAGAGUUAGAGGACUUGGUCAUGUCAAAAGCACACAGAAAAAUCACAUUCGUACAGAAUUACACUGAAGGACUUUGGCCUACAAAAUAUUUUCCUGCAUGCACAAAAGCAGCCAUUGUGUAACCUGACCAAAACUGAUUCUUUCUAUCUAACGGGUCUGUCUGCAUAGGGAGUCACAGCAGAUGAGAAUGGGGAACGGUGGCAGUAAUACACACACAAUCACAGAUGCUCACGCUCACAUACAUACGCACACAUGCUCAAACUCAUGCACACACAACCACACACACACAUGCACUCAGAGUGGUAGAUUUAUCGUGAUGUGUAGGUUCUCCAUGGCUCCAGCUCCCUCUUGACACUGUAACGCUCUUCAUCCCACAGUUGCAAUGUUUCCUCUCCACCUGGCCUAUUGUAUUUUCAAAGAAACUAAUAAAAUCUGAAAAAUA